AACGCUACAACGAUCCUUCGUGCAAUGGCUAAUCACUAAUGUUAUAAGUUAGGUUUAAAUUAGAAGUGUCUGAUCGAAAAUAGCGCGUAGGAGUGACGGCUGAUUAGGUCCCAACCCAACGCCAUCAGAGGAGGCCCAUCUUCCUCGAAUCCUCUUUCUCAUCAUCUGCUCAACCUAAUUGCCUCUUUUGACACAUCUUCCAUUUGACGCUCUCGAGGAUCGUCCUGCUCCUACCCGGACCAGCUGAAUCUUUGAUAUGCCUUGCUGAGUCCUGAUCUCCCCAGUCUUUUUCGAUACCUGGUGAGCAGUUGGUUUUACUAGGUAGUGACAAUGUCGACUCCUGCAAGGAAGAGGCUGAUGAGAGAUUUCAAGAGGCUGCAACAAGAUCCACCUGCAGGAAUCAGUGGUGCGCCUCAGGACAAUAAUAUCAUGCUCUGGAAUGCUGUAAUAUUUGGUCCUGAUGAUACUCCAUGGGACGGAGGAACGUUCAAGUUAACCCUCCAAUUUUCGGAGGAUUAUCCAAACAAACCGCCAAUGGUGCGAUUUGUCUCCCGAAUGUUUCAUCCUAAUAUUUAUGCGGAUGGGAGUAUUUGUUUGGAUAUAUUACAAAAUCAGUGGAGCCCCAUAUAUGAUGUAGCUGCUAUCCUCACAUCUAUCCAGUCACUGCUUUGUGAUCCAAACCCAAAUUCCCCUGCAAACUCAGAAGCUGCUCGGAUGUUUAGUGAGAACAAGCGUGACUACAAUCGAAGAGUUAGAGAAAUAGUGGAGCAGAGCUGGACAGCUGACUAAGUACAUCCUUGUUGGGAAAUUCAGCUCAUCUGAAGCUCUGCCCGCACAAAUUUAGUUGCGGUUGACCCUUAAGAAUCAUUGUGCAAACUCAAACUUCAAUUUUUAUUAUGCUUGCGUUGCUAUUCUGAACGUUAGGAUCACCUUGUCUUCAUUGUAGAUUUCUUUGUGCCAAUCUGUAAAAUAGAAAACUGUGUAAACAUUGGAUUGCUAUCAACAUGGUUCAGUUCAAAAGCUGUAGUUUGCUAUAUUGUUAUGUAAAUGACAUAGCUUUUUUCAGUUA